AAUGUUCAGCUUCUUUUGUGUCUCCUUGUGUAACCAGAUCACAGACACACAGAACUCCAUCUUCAGUGCUCAGCUGUGUGAAGAGUGAUAAGUCCAUGGAUCAACCAACCAAAUUCAGCAAUGAACCAACACCAUCAGGUCAAAUAUCACAGACACACAGACCUCCAUCUUCAGUGCUCAGCUGUGUGUCCAUGAAGAGUGAUAAGUCCAUGAAUUAUCCUCCCAAAUUCAGCAAUGAACCAACACCAUCAGGUCAAACGGUAAGUGCUGAUCUGACCCAGGAUCAGUCCAGGUGUAGAGUGUGUGAGCAGGUAUUGAGGGACCCAGUCAUCACCACCUGUGGACACAGUUUCUGCAGGCAGUGCAUCAGCAGCUACUGGGACCAGCCUGAUCUACCAGGAGACCAAGCCUGUCCCCAGUGUGGAAAGAGAUACAAGUCCCACUCACUUCAGUGUAAUGUCAGUGGAGGCAAGUGA